UACAACAUUACUCAGUCGACUCAACCUUCCCAUCAACAUCAGUAUAAUCGCGAGUUAUUCUUGAAGUCGUCAAAGUGGAGUUCAGCUGGAGAUUCUUUAAUUCGUUCAUCCAAAAAAUGUAGCAUCUGAAGAUUAUAUUUCUAUUUUAUUGGUGCCCAAAUGAUGUCGUGCUAUAGAUUUUAUUUCAGUGUUUAAAAAAUGUGGAAGCUCUUCUUACUGACGAGGUUGAUUGUUGAUUUAUAAAAAAAAGUGAAUUAUCAGUGCGCGUAGGGGGUUUUUCGCUCUUCGGUCAUCACACUAGGCAAACGAUUGAUUAAUCAUGCCGAGAAAAUUGUUAAAGUUUUUAAUUUUGUUCGACAAUUCGUCGCUUCUAUAUUUCCCCGGACAGUUUCUUUCUGGGAGGGUGCUGCUGGAACUUCAGGAAAAUACGCCAGUCUUAGGGUUACAUUUUCAUGUCGUAGGAGAAUGCGUGGUACGGGUUCGCUCUGGCCGCCAUGAGCGCUCUUAUGAUAAAGAAAACUAUAUAGACUUCCGAAUGCGCUUGCUUGGCGAUGCGGAUCAUCAGGGCCCUACAGUGCUUUCGCCAGGAAUUCACAGUUUUCCGUUCAAACUGGGACUGCCAGUAGACUUACCAUCAACCUUUCUCGGACGGUACGGAUGGGUUCAAUACUAUUGUAAAGCAGCUCUCCGAGAACCGUCUGGCCUGAUACACAAAAACCAUCAGGUCUUCAUCGUGAUGAACCCAAUUGAUCUGAACACUGAACAGCCUUACUUAGCGGAUCCGUUCAAAUGCAGCAUAGAACAUAACGUUGGUGUAGCCUGCGUGGGUGGUGGCAUUGUGAAGUGUAAAAUUAUAUUAGAUAGAGGAGGUUAUGUUCCCGGUGAAUCCAUUAUGAUUACAGCAGCUGUUACGAACUCUAGUAGCGUAACCAUCAAAUCUACAAAGGCAGCUUUGACAGAGACAAUCCAAUAUUUCGCACAUGAUAAACUCGUACAAACAGAGAAACGAGAGCUGGCAGUUAUUGCCAGAGGAAAAAUACGUCCAGGAUGUCGUGAUGAUUGGCAAAACGAAUCGUUAUACGUGCCACCGCUGCCGCCAACGAAUCUGAGAGGAUGCCAUCUCAUUCGGAUCCAAUAUGAUGUUUGUUUUCUAAUUGAACCCAAAUCAUUAGAAAAACAAGUGAAAUUGCAACUUCCCAUAACACUCGGUACAUACCCAUUCAAAAAUGGAGACGAUGAUGACACAAAUGAGUGGGCCGAAACGAUUUAUAAACCUGAAACCCAUUAUCCGUCAACGUUGCCGAUCUUUAGACCGUGGCUCCAUGAAAAAGCAGAUUCGAAGUAAUUUAAUCAAAAUAAGUGGGAAACGUACAAUAAGCACGACUUUCUUAAGUGAUAUUUAGGUUAAGACGGUUGCAUUUUGUAAGUUAAGUUCUAAAUGAAAGGCAUCUGCGGUAAAGUGCCAUAAAUGCAUGUAUGGAUUCAGAUUAGUUUAAGAAAUGAUUUUUAAUAAAACAAUUUGUAACAAACGAACAACAUAUUACAGA